AGGUUUUUUAUCAAACGUAUUCAGUAACGAUCGGUUUCACGCACGCGAUUCAUACUUGUUUUUAAAAGUGAAAACUAUACACAUGUGUUUGAUAUUUUUUAACAAGUCGGACGGCGGUGCGCUUGUAAAGUGAAUUUCAUUCCGUAAACAUAUUAUUAUUUUAUAUUUACAUUUGAUUCUCAUUCAAACAUUACUGCACGUUUCCGAAUUCGCUUUAAAACAGGGCGACAUUUUACCUUGAAUGACUUACAGACCAAAUCAUUAUAUUAUACGCACGGAUUGACUCACGACGACAGACAUGGAGGUAUCGACGUUUUUAGUGUUCACCGCGUGGCUCGCUUCUGUUCAGCAGUGUCUGGCGUUAAAUUUAAACGCUCUGUCAUACCUUGGUGAACGUUACCGCACAAAUCUCAUACAAUUUCGAGAAGACCCGUUGUUCGGUUAUAAACCGAUACUCGACGAAUACGACUUUAUCGUGGUUGGGUCGGGAGCCUCAGGUGCUACGGUUGCCAGGAGGCUGGCCGAAGUACCCGAAUGGAAAAUAUUACUGCUCGAGGCGGGCAAACAAGAAUCGAUUGCCACUUCAGUGCCAGCUAUAGCCCAUUAUUUUCAAUUCACAGACUUCAACUGGGCUUUUAAAACCGAAGAGGAACCGAACGCCUGUCAAGGCGUCGUAAACAAGAGAUGUCUGUGGCCACAGGGUAAAGGUCUCGGCGGCAGUACGAUCAUCAACAACAACAUAUACACCCGGGGUAACGUAAGAGACUUCGACCGUUGGGCCGAAGCGGGCAACCCCGGUUGGUCGUACAGAGACGUUUUACCGUAUUUUUUGAAAAACGAAGACGUUACUAUUCCGGAACUGAAACGAUCUCCAUACCAUGGUGUUGGUGGACCAAUGCCGAUAAGUUAUUCUCCGUUCAAAUCGCGACUGGUCGAGGCGUUUCUUGAGUCCGCGCCGCAAGUCGGGUUGAACGUGGUGGACUACAACAACCCGAAUAGCCACGUUGGCUUUUCAAGAAUCCAAGGCACGAUCAACUUCGGUAGACGGGUCACGUCGGCCAGAGCGUAUCUUCGAGGAAACCUGACGAACUUGCACAUCGUCGACGGAGCAUUCGUUACGAAGGUACUGAUUGAUCCAAAUACUAAAGUCGCGUUGGGCGUGGAAUUUGAAAAGGAUAACAGGAGACGAAGAGCCCAAGCCAGAAAAGAAGUGAUUUUGUCGGCAGGCGCUUUCAACACUCCAAAACUCUUGAUGCUGUCGGGAAUCGGGCCCAAAGAACAUCUCGAACCACUGGGAAUAAAAACCAUAAGCGAUCUGCGAGUCGGCGACAACUUACAGGAGCAUCCUUCGUACGCGAACUUGGCGUUUACCGUCAAUCAAACGGUGGGAUUAAUACCCGAACGUAUAUACAAGCAAGGGAUACGCGAGCUUUUCAAUUACUACGACGGAAAUGGCUGGCUCACGACCAUGGGCUGCGAAGGACUCGGCUACGUGAAAACCAAAUACAACAAGGACCCGGGGGACGUGCCAGACAUCGAAUACAUUUUCGUUCCGAUGUCUCUGGCCGGCGAAGAAGGAUUGGGAAACAGCUUGUUGAGAAGAAGCAUGGGAAUACCGGACAGUACUCAUUAUGAUUUGCACAAAGGAAUAUUCAACAAGGACGGAUGGACGAUAUGGACUAUGCUCAUGUACCCGGAGAGCACAGGACAAGUCAGAUUGAGGAACGCCAACCCUUAUUCGAAACCGUUGAUAAGAGCCAACUUUUUCGACGCUCCCGUGGACGUGUUGCGCAUCGUGGAGGGAAUAAAAAUGGUUAUAGAACUCAAUAAGACACCGGCUUUUCAGAAGUUGGGCUCUACCAUGAGCCUGCGAACGAUGCCGGGAUGCAGACACCUGAGUUACGGAUCGGACGCGUACUGGGAAUGUUGUGUGAAAAGACUGACCAUGCAGAUGCAUCACCAGUGUUGUACAGCGAAGAUGGGACCGUCUUCCGACCGAAACGCAGUGGUCAACUCACAGCUCAUGGUCUACGGUGUCUCCAAGUUGAGGGUCAUCGACUGUUCGAUCAUGCCGACGAUUACCGGUGCUCACACCGUGGCGCCGGCCUAUAUGAUCGGAGAGAAAGGAGCCGAUUUGGUCAAAGCGACUUGGCUGACACCGACGAAUUGAGAUGUAAUAUGAAUAAUAUUAGUAUGGUAGGCAUUAUUCAUUAUCAUUAUAGUUUCUAACUAAAUCAAAAGACUUAAAUUAGUUAUAGGUUACCAAUGUCGAAAUCGAUCGUAUAAGGUUAUUGUAUUAUUAGUGCAUAUAUUAUAGUAUUAUUAUUUGCGAUUUAAAUCAAUUUGUAUCGUUUGUUUGAUUAAUAUUAUAGUACAGAAAGCGUAGUGUAUAUUAUUAUUAUAUUUUAUUUCACUGUACUAUUACUCGAACUUGAAACAUUGGAGUAAAAGGUAACAAACUCCUGAUCAUUUUAUACCUAUAUUAAUUUUUAAUAUAAUAAUAUUAUGUACGUUCUUUUAUUUAUAUUAUAUUCUUAUCUUAUACUAUAUGAAUAUUGAUCGAGUAAUAAUAAUCUAUAUUAAUAGCGAUCAUCAUACAUCAUAAUAUUAUUUUGAUGUGUUUAUUUGUAUGUAGUUGACGUAAAGAAAAAAUAAAUAUUAAAAGUGUUGCUUUGUUCAUAAACAUGAUGUAUUGUACAUUUAUAUUAUUAUAAUUAUUGUUGAGCAUAAUGAAAGUUCUUAAAAUAAAUUUAAAUUAACAAUCCAAACACGAUAUUAUUUUAAAUGUUAACAUAAUAUUAUUACGAUUCAUUACUAAGAUAAGACACAAUAUAUUGUUGAAUUUGUAUAAUACAAUAUAAUAUAAAUAGUCCGCAAUAUGGACCAUUAAAAAAUAUUUGUAUACAUAAUAAUAAUUAUAUUAUAUGUAUUUAGUUUCUAAAUAGUUUGACAAUAAUAAUUAUUAGUGACAUCGGCAUUGUAUAUAGUGUUAGAAAGUGCUUAAUAACAAUAUUAUAGACUGACAAUAUAUUGAUCAGAACUUGAAUACAUGCUAAUAAUAAUAAUAUAAUAUUGUACAUUCGGAUUCAGUAUGAUGUUAUUAACUACAAACGGGAAUUAAAAUUAUAAUAGAAAAUAAAAA